UCCAGCAGCAAGAUGGCGUCCUACAAUGAGACCAUUCACCUUCUGAGAACCAGCUUCCGGGCAGGAAAAACUCGACCCAUUCAGUUCAGGUUAUCUCAGUUGGAAGCUCUGGGAAAACUUCUGGAAGAAAAUAAGACAGAAUUUUAUCAGAGUCUAAAGAAAGAUCUGAAUAAGCCUCCAUUUGAAGUGGAAAUAUCAGAGUUGAGUUUGGUGAAAAGUGAAAUUAAUAUGGCAAUAAACAGCCUGAGUUCUUGGAUGAAGGAUGAGUAUGUGUCCAAAAAUCUGGCUACAUAUCUUGAUUCUGCUUUUAUCCGAAAAGAUCCAUUUGGGGUAGUUCUUAUAAUAUCUCCUUGGAAUUACCCUGUUAAUCUGACUCUAAUUCCACUUGUUGGGGCAAUAUCGGCGGGAAACUGUGCCAUAAUAAAACCAUCGGAGCUCAGUCAGAACACGGAGAAACUUCUUGCAGAUCUUCUUCCUCGUUACCUAGAUCAGGUGAUUAAUGGAUUAGAUUCUAAUACUGGUAGAAAUGUCUGACGACACAUUUUCCUAUCAUCUCCUGAUUUCCAGCUGCCUCUCCUCCGGGAUGUCCGUGUCUUCUUCAUCUCUUCAUACUCUGGCAGCACAGGUCACAGCCAAUAAUAACUUCCAUACUUUACCUACAUGUGUGAUAUUAA